GUGCAGGGUUGCUUUUGUCAAUAACGAUAACACAUAGUCUUUGCUGCUGGUGCCAAUUUAUAAGUAAUUUUUCAAUUAAAUUAACAGAAAAACUGACAAAAACAUUGUUAAAAUGUCGGCCAAGCAAAACUCGAAGAAAUCUAAGUGGGCGCUGGACUUCAAUGUUAGCAAAAAUGCAGAUAUGCCCUCGCCACCUGGGUAUAAUCCCACGGCCCUAGUAAAUCAAACAGAAGUCGUACGGGAUCAACGUUUGGUAAUUAAAAAAUCAUGGGAUUUGGCACUGGGACCACUGAAGCAGAUACCCAUGAACCUGUUCAUUAUGUAUAUGUCCGGCAACUCGAUAUCCAUUUUCCCGAUCAUGAUGGUGGGCAUGAUGUUGAUACGUCCUAUUAAGGCAAUGUUUACCACACAAGUGACUUCCAAAAUGGCCGACGGUGCACAGGGCACCGGUCAGCGUAUAAUCUAUAUACUGGGAAAUCUGGCGAACGUAGCGCUCGCUCUGUAUAAAUGUCAUAGCAUGGGCCUGCUGCCCACCCACGCCUCCGACUGGCUGGCAUUUGUGCAGCCCCAAACGCGCUUAGAGUAUUAUGGAGGAGGUGUUUCAUUUAUUUAGAUUGUAACUUUAAACGUAUCCUUUAUUUGAGUCAUAGAUAAAUUUGUUUAACACAUAACAAAAAUGUAACUAAA